GUAAAAUAGAAGCGGGACUGAAUUGAUUCUUGCAGCACCCAGCAGGCAGGGCUUGCAGAGUUGCAGCUACACCUGGCUUGGACAGGCGCAUCACCAACGACGACUAUUUCGGCAGACCGGCAGUCCUACGUUUUCGCUCUGGAGCCGCGCAAGAAGUAGAGCACGACGCAGACGGCCGUUCCGAAUCCCCCGCCGUUCGUCCAGGUGGUGCCGCCGCCUAGAGUCCGGCAUUUCAUCUACGCAAAAGCGUAGCAAGAGUUAAGCAGUUCAGUGUUCCAAUUCCGGAAGUCGGGAAUAUUUUCCGGAAGAUUCAAUCCGAAAAGUGCAAGAUGAGAAAAAAUCGCAAGGUGAAAAGCAAUUCCAACUCCAAGCUAAUAAAAUCCCGGAAGAAGAAGUUGGAGAAGCUCAAGGAGGACAAGGAAAAAGCUAUCCUUUUAUCUAAAAGCAUGGAGACCUUGGAGAAGUAUAAGAUUGGGGAUGGUGCAUAUUCACUUUUGAGGUCUUCAAGAAACUUGGGCCAGGUUGAAACUAACCGGGAUAAGAGAAGAAGAGAAGUUCAAUAUUCUAAAGCAGGACUAGAAGUACCAAGUGGAGAUCAACCCUUUAAGAAGAAUAAGAACAAGAUUUCUAAUAGCAUAUUAAGUGAUGCUGAACAAGAAUGUGAUGAAACUCAAUCAACUUCUCCUGUCAUCAAUGACUAUAUAUUGCGUGCACCAGUAAGCAAAGGAUAUACAUUGUCUGAGGCAUCUUCUUGUCUAGGAGCCUCUAAACCUCAUGUUUCCGAUGGAGGUUCUUCAACAACAGUUAGGCAUGCAAGAACAGAUGAAUAUAAUGAGCCCUCAAGGACUGAAUAUCUGCAAUACCCACCACCAUCCACCCCAAGUUGCAUUGAUGAUGGAAGGGCAGGAUUAAAGCUUGAAAUUGAUCCAAAACAGAAUGCUAACCUCGCUGCCUGUCCACCCCAAAGGUCUUUCAUUGCCCCGACUGUAGUGCAUGUUAUUAGACCAAAAGAGGUUGAAGACAAAAGGAAAGACCUUCCAAUAGUCAUGAUGGAGCAGGAGAUAAUGGAAGCCAUAAAUGAGAACACUUGUGUCAUUAUUUGUGGUGAGACUGGCUGUGGCAAGACUACCCAGGUUCCACAGUUCCUUUAUGAAGCUGGGUUUGGAUUGCAUUCUAGAAGAGGUGGGAUCAUUGGUGUAACCCAGCCCCGCCGGGUUGCUGUACUUGCAACUGCCAAACGGGUGGCCUUUGAGCUUGGUUUUCAUCUAGGCAAAGAGGUUGGCUUUCAAGUCCGGCAUGACAGGAAGGUGGGAAAUAACUGUUCAAUCAAGUUCAUGACGGAUGGAAUAUUGCUGCGAGAAGUGCAGAAUGAUUUUCUCUUGAGACGUUACUCAGUCAUAAUCUUGGAUGAAGCUCAUGAGAGAAGCUUGAAUACAGAUAUACUUGUCGGGAUGCUCUCACGUGUAAUAAGAGAGCGCCAGAGAGAAUUUGUGGAGCAGCAGAAGAGAAUACUAUCAGGAAAUACUAUAAGUGACGAAGAAAAGAUAUACCCUUUGAAACUUGUGCUGAUGAGUGCUACGCUUCGAGUUGAGGACUUUGUGGCUGGGGGAAGAGUUUUUCCCGAUCCUCCACCCGUAAUAGAAGUCCCGACCCGUCAAUACCCAGUCACCACACACUUCUCCAAGAGAACUGAGAUUGUAGAUUAUGUUGGUCAAGCUUACAAAAAAGUAUUGUCUAUCCACAAGAGACUUCCUGCCGGGGGCAUACUCGUCUUUGUAACUGGACAGAGGGAGGUGGAGUUCUUGUGCAAGAAGCUAAAGCACGCUUCUAAGGACAUAACUGAGAAAAAAAACUUUGAAGAAAAAGACCAGUCAUUGUCUUCGAUGACACCUUCUGAGGAUAAAGAUAUGAAGGAGAUUAGCGAAGCAUUUGAGGUAAAUGAAAACUCAAAGCUUGAAAUAACUGAACGAUUUAGUUCUUAUGAUGAGGAACAUCCAGAUACCUAUGAGGAUGAUUGGGACAUUUCCUAUGAUUCAGAGGAUGAUAGUGAUCUGGAAGUUUCUUCCGAUGGGGACGAACAGUCAAACCAACAUUUAUUGGAGUCUGGUGGAACCCUUGAUUCACUAAAGGCUGCUUUUGAAUCUUUGUCUGGAAAGAAACCCGUACUGUCAAAUACUGAAAGUAAGUCAAAUGCGCGGAGUAUUCCUCCAUGUGCGGGUCCCAUGCGUGUCCUACCCCUUUACGCGAUGCUUCCUGCAACCGCUCAGCUUCGAGUCUUUGAAGAGGUCAAGGAAGGAGAGCGUCUUGUUAUUGUUGCUACAAAUGUGGCUGAAACCUCUUUGACUAUUCCCGGAAUAAAAUAUGUUGUUGACACGGGCAGAGAAAAAGUGAAGAAGUACAACUCCUCAAAUGGGAUGGAAACGUAUGAAGUGCAAUGGAUAAGUAAAGCUUCGGCUGCCCAGCGUGCUGGUAGGGCAGGAAGGACUGGACCUGGUCAUUGCUAUCGCCUUUAUUCUUCUGCGGUCUUUAAUGACAUAUUCCCUCCCUUCUCAGAUGCUGAAAUAUUGAAAGUGCCUGUUGAUGGUGUUGUGCUCCUCAUGAAAUCUAUGCACAUUGGCAAGGUUGCAAAUUUUCCUUUCCCAACCUCUCCUGAAACCGCUGCCUUAACUGAAGCAGAUCGCUGCUUAAAAGUUCUAGAAGCACUUGACGUGAACGGAAGGUUGACGCCUCUCGGUAAGGUCAUGGCACAGUUCCCGAUGAGUCCACGUCACUCCCGUAUGCUCCUCACGGUCAUUCAGAUGAUGCGAAGAGUCAAAAAAUAUGAACGCGCAAACACCGUCUUGGCUUAUGCAGUUGCAUCAGCUGCAGCUUUGAGCUUAUCAAAUCCUUUUCUAAUGCAGUUCGAACAACCCCAGAGUGAUCAAGGUGAGAGAACUGAUGAGAAGGAAGAAAAAAAGAGGAAAAAAAAGUUGAAAGAAACCAUUAGAUUCUCUAGGGAAAAGUUCUUAAACCCCACUAGUGAUGCGUUGACCAUAGCUAAAGCUUUGCAGUGUUUUGAACUGUCUGGUAAUCCAGUGGCGUUUUGUAGUGAAAAUGGAUUACACCUAAAGACCAUGGAAGAAAUGUCCAAGCUCAGGAAGCAACUUCUUCAUCUCGUCUUUAACUCAAAGGUAUCUGGAUUCCAAACGGACCCAAAGUGUGACGGACAGAAUGGUUUCUCAUGGUGCCACGGGACGAUUGAGGAUGUAGAAGCUUCAUGGAGGGCUUUCUUGGAUAAGCAUAAUUCUCUCCACCUGAAUGAAGAGGAGAUAAUUGGGCAAGCUAUCUAUGCAGGUUGGGCUGAUCGGGUAGCCAAACGGAUCAAGCGAAUUUCGGGACUGUCUGAAGAAGACAUGAAAGCAACCUCAGUUCGUUACCAAGCUUGCAUGGUAAAAGAAACGGUAUUCCUCCACCGUUGGUCAACUGUUUCAAAGUCCGCACCUGAAUUUCUUGUGUACAGUGAACUUCUGCAUUCUAAAAGGCCUUAUAUUCAUGGAGCAACAAGUGUGAAAGCAAAUUGGCUUAUUAAAUAUGGUCAGUCUAUGUGCAAUUUUUCAGCCCCACUUUCUGACCCGGAACCAUACUACGACCCUUUAACCGACCGGGUUUUAUCCUGGGUUAUUCCUACUUUUGGGCCUCACCUGUGGGAACUCCCACUGCAUUCUUUGCCCAUCGAGGACAAUACAAAACGGGUCGCAGUUUUUGCCUAUGCAUUGCUUAAAGGUCAAGUCUUGCCAUGUUUGAAGCCCGUGAAGAAAUUUAUGACGGCCACACCGGGUACCAUUUUGAGACCGGAAGCAUUGGGAGUGAAACGGGUCGGGAAUCUCUUGAAUAGAUUGAAGAGUAGUAGGGUGGGAAGUAUUGACAGUUGGGUCAUGCUUAAGAAAUUGUGGGAGAUUAACCCCAGGGAGUUGUUUCCAGAAAUAAUGGAUUGGUUUCAGGAAGGGUUUCAUGACAAGUUUGAAGCUCUUUGGGAACAGAUGCUCGUAGAAAUUUGUUUAGAUCCAAAGCAACGUUUGUCCAAGAAGGUCAAGAGAAGCAGAAAGAGGAUCCUAAAGUCCUAAGCUUUGCUCGCCUCUGGUUACAGACGGAACCACACUAGAGGAGUAAGGGGGUCUCACCCCUAGUUUUGAUAUCUAUUAGUUGGUAUUUUAGUAAUUAUAAAAUUAUUAACAUUAAAAUAUUAGUGAUUUUAUGAAUUAUAAUUCCGAAAUUUCAUGAUGUAUUGAUGCAAGGCAAGCAAUGCACUGAAGUAUGAAGAGCCUGAUCUAGAUUGAGGGAGUGUUUGCAAAUGCUUUUGCUUUAAAAAAAGCAA